AUGUUCGACUGUUUCUUCCAGCUAAUCCUGCUUUUGCAUAUCGUAUUGCUGCCAACUUAUUUCUAUCUUUCAUGGAAAUUCAAUUUUUGGCGAAAUCGCGGACUACGCACUGCCUUGCCGUUGACAAUAUUCGGCUCUUUUCCCAGCAUUUUAACGCGAAAUAGAAAUUUGAUUUAUGAAAUCGAUGCGAUUUACGGGCGCUACAAGCAUCGCAGUCGCAUGGUGGGCAUUUAUUUCGUGCGUCAGCCUCAAAUCCUCGUGGUGGACAUGCGUUUGGCACACGAAGUGCUCGACGUGAAUUUCCGUGCCUUUAAGGUGACAGCGGCGAGUAACUGGAUGCGGCAACGCAAGGGGAAUAAAUUGGACAAAUUAGCCAAGUACAGUGCAAUGUGGAGCACAGGCGAGCGGUGGCAAAAAAAUCGCAGUGUUGCAUGCGCGUCGUUGACACUUUGUCGCCUAAAGCGCUACUAUGAAGUGUGGCUGGGAAGCAAUAGACAUUUGGUGCAAUGUUUACAGCAAACGUGUGGUGGCGCCAAGCCGGAAGUUGUGGACACUAACGAUCUCGUUAAACGCUAUGUUGCCGAUGCACUCUGUCUCUUCAUUUGGGGUGUGGAUGCGGGUACUUUGACGCAGGCCAAGAAGAAGAACAAUAAGUUUCUCGCAAUGACGCAACGUAUCGUCAAGCAGACGCGCAGCCUAACCAGCUACUCCUUCUUGUCAGCUGUUAUGCCACUGGUUUCGAAACUCUGGCCUUUUCGUUUGAUCUCUAAGACGGUUGAUAAUUACUUUGUGCAAUUCAGCGCCGAUGCGCUCGCGUGCCAUAAGAAGUUUCGCGAUCCCAGCGGCGCGGUUGCACUCCUCAGCUAUUUGUAUGAACAGCGGCACACCGGGCGUAUGAGCGAUGAAGCGCUGACGGGGCAUUGCAUGGCUAUCCUGGCCGAUGGUUUUGAGGAGAUUUGCAGCACGCUGAUUUACACAUUUUAUUAUUUGGCAAAAGAGCCGCGCGUGCAAGCUAAACUGCGCGCCGAAUUGUUGCAAGCGCAGCGGCAUGAAAAUUGCACCGAAUUCUCUUUUGACGCUUUGAUGUCACUCAGCUAUCUCGAUCAUUGCAUUUUUGAAACCCUGCGCCUGAGUCCCACAGUACCUUAUUGUCGGCGCAUUUGCACCACUGCUAAUGUGGUGCAGCUCUCGAAGCGCAAGUCCGUGCAAGUCGAUGAUGGCAUGGUGCUCUGUGUACCGGUAUAUUCAUACCAUCACGAUCCCUUUAUCUUCUGUGAGCCAAAUUCAUUUAUACCAGAACGUUUCGAAAAUGUUGCGCCGAAGGAGUUGAUGGAGCGAGGAGUUUUUCUUCCAUUCGGCGCUGGACCGAGAAGUUGUUUAG